AUGGCCGCCCCAGCGCGGUACUUCGAGGCAAACAUCCAGUCUGUCAGGGAGGGGUGGAGGCCCGACAAGACUACUGGCGAAAUGACGAUGCGGGAACUCCUCGAGGCCGAGGCUCGGACUGGCAUCCACAAGGCGGGCGGCGUUCUGAAGGACCCAAGCGCCGCAUGCGGGCUGCUUUGGCUACGCCGGACCAUUGCAUUUCACUCUACUCUCUUUGGUGAUGUUGCAGCGAGCGAUCCUAACGACACGCUCAGCCCACGAAAUGCAGCGCUGCAUGCGUACGCUGUGGAGCUAGAGCCGUUCCACGGCUCGCUUCUUCGUCGCGUGUAUCGGUUUGGCUUACCGCGUGGGAUGCUGCCCAGGGCCGCAUUCCUCGCACGGCUGCGUUCCACGACCGCUCCGUGCGAGGACGAGACGCUGCUCCAAGGCAUGCGCGACCUCGUUGCGGAGUGGAGGCCUCUCUUGGAGGAGUGGCGCCGGCUGUUUGUCGAGCUUGAUCUGGAGGACCCCCGAAAAGUGUAG